GUACUUCUUCUGGUUCUUCGAAGCUCGUCAUUCUCCUAAGACUGCGCCGACAACAUUCUGGCUUAGUGGUGGUCCCGGAGCUAGUUCAAUGCUUGCGUUACUAGCUGAGAAUGGUCCGUGUACUGUGAAUUCUAACGGAACUGAUACUGUGUACAACCCCUAUAGUUGGACCGAGGCUAGCAAUAUGGUUUGGGUGGAUCAGCCUGCAGGUACGGGUUUCUCUAUUGGUGGAUCUUAUGACGCUGAUGAGAAGGAAGUUGGCGAGGACAUGUAUCACUUCAUGCAAACCUUCUUCAAGCACUUUCCUGACUACAACAAAGAUGUCCACGUUGUCGGGGAGUCUUAUGGCGGCCAUUAUGUGCCUGCUGUUGUUAACACUGUUGUGGAACAUAAUACCAAGCUCGCUAUCGGCGAGGCACCAAAUGGACGGAUACCGAUUGACAUGAAGGGGAUGGCCAUUGGCAACGGCAUGACUAACACCAUUGAGCAAAUUAAAUGGUUGCCGAAGAUGGCCUAUGACUCUGGUACAGCUCCCUCUGUUAUUGACUUUGACACCUAUCAGAGGAUGCAGUCCAAGGUCGAUGGUAUCGUUCAUGACAUCGCUAAAUGUGACAGAGCUGGCGAUAAAGGCGUGUGCGAAGCCGCUUGGAACAACUUCACUACUGAGCUGAUGGCCCCAGUGAUAGCGGCGGGAUAUAAUAUGUAUGAUCUGCGUCUUAAGGGUCGCUAUGAUUGGACUAAUAUCAACACAUGGUUGAAUAACCCGAAAAUAAGGCGUGAACUUGGAGCUCUGAAGGAUGGGAGGCGGUCAGUUUACAAGACGCUUACUCCCAACGAUUUCCUACAGACCUAUGAUGACCUAGUUCCGCCUCUUCUGGCAUGGGACUUAAAGUACUUAUCUAUGCUGGUGACCAGACUAUCCUUGUAA